CAAGUUAGGACUGCAUCACUCUCCCUCACUUCUCUACAGCCUCAUUCAAGUAUGGACAUCGGUGCGCACUGUUCCGUCCCUGCCUGCCACCAGCAGGACUUCCUUCCGUUCACGUGCGACUGCUGCAGUGGCGUCUUCUGCCUCGAACACCGCAGCUAUGACUCUCACGAAUGCCCCAAAGCCGGCAGCAACGAUCGUCGCGUAGUACAGUGCCCCGUGUGUAAGCAGAUGAUUCGCUGGACAGCCGAACAAGACGUCAACGCUAUGUGGGAGGAGCAUGUGCGUGUGGGUCAAUGCACACGUGAGAAGUUUAAACAGCAGCAAGGUAAACAGCAGAAAAAGCCCAAGAAGAAACGCUGCGCCGCUGAGAACUGCCGAGAGGUUCUGCUCACUUCCAAUCAGUUCCACUGCAAUAAAUGUGCUCAGGACGUGUGUCUUAAGCAUAGAUUCGAGGCCGAUCACGACUGCGAGAGCAAGCGACAGGCUCAAAGACAGCAAUGGCUCGGUGGAUUUAAAGCCAGAAGCCUUAGCUCAGCUAAACCGAAGCAACCAUCGCAAUUUCAGAAGAACGCACAGAGCGCUGCAGCUUCCGUAGUAAGCGGUACCAAGUCGGCUGUGUCCUCUCUUGUACAGAAUGCAAAGGCGGCCAGCAGUGCUGUUACUACCAGCUCCGAGGAGUGUCCUAUGUGUCAGCAGAAGUUCGCGUAUGUGAGCCAGCUCAUUGCACACGUUAAUCGUGCGCAUCCCGACAAUGCAGACUCCAGAAGAUCAACAGCAGCAGCACAGCCUGUAGCCCGUGCAGCUCCAAGAGGAGGAGUACCUGCUGGCAGCGAGGUGUGUCCACAGUGCCACGCGAUCUUCCCCAAUGUGAACGCAUUGAUCCAGCAUGCAGAGUCGGCACACACAAGAGCUGUCGCUACAGGUCAAGCCGGUGGAGACCAGGAGAAGUGCACGAUGAUGUAGAAAAGUGUCCAGACGACUAGCUAAUGUCAAUAAAAAAUACUCUUGUUGCCACCCAAUUAGUGCGAAAAAGCAUUAUGUCUUCAACGCGUGCUCAGCGGCGCUCGCCACUGUAAUAUAUUAAUUAUAUCUCCCACCGGUGCUACAUGGUGAGUCGUCGGCUGUGCGUCACGUCUGUUGGGCGAGGGUCUCAGCCGGACUUGAAGAGCAGAAUGGCCACUUGACCCAAGUAAAAGUAGAUAAAGUGUUUCGUCUCGUGCGUCACGUAUGAUCCGAAGUUGCGGCCCACGAUGCAGUGCCACGUGGGGUUGUAUUUCUUGUCGAACUCCUUCUUGAUGAAAGCGGCAAUGUCCUUCUCGAUGUUGUACUUCUCCAGCGCCUGGCUGGCACAGUCUACGGCGUCCUGCUGCAUGUCCUCGUGCAUGUCUGCGUUCUUGAUCACGGCCUUGCGCUCCGACAUGGCUACUUCUGUUUGUCGUGCGUCGAUCUGUAGCUCCCGAUCCAAGAGGCGAA